AAGAGGGCGGGGCCUAGUUAUAGCCGUCAACAGCUGCAGAGGGAUGCGGGGUAGCUGUAUAUACAACCUGUCAUGGAGUGAGGGCAGACUGUUUUAAGUUAGCGGUUUGUCACGGCUCAGGAGUCCUGCCAAUAUGGUGGGGGAUACUGACUAUUUCUGCACUCACCUGGAUUCCAUUGGUGAGGUUACCAAGGAUGAUCUGAUUUUGAAAUCCAAGGGAACCUGUGAGUCCUGCGGUGCUGGAGGUCCUAACCUGUGGGCCUGUCUGCAAGACGGCUGUCAGUAUGUGGGGUGUGGAGAAUCGUAUGCUGAUCACAGCACAUUGCAUGCACAGGCUACGAAGCACAAUCUCACGGUCAACCUUACAACCUUCCGUGUUUGGUGCUACUCCUGUGAGAAAGAGGUGUUCCUGGAUCCCCGAGCACCUCCUCCCUCUCUAACAACCAUCCCCAAACACAGUCACAGGGACCUGCCACCUCCAUCUAAUCCACUGAAGUCUGUCCCUAUUGCUGUGGCAGAUGAUGGAGAGUCAGAGAGUGAUGACGAUGACCUGAAGCCCAGAGGCCUUACGGGAAUGAAGAACAUUGGAAAUUCGUGUUACAUGAACGCCGCGCUGCAGGCUCUGUCUAACUGUCCACCACUGACACAGUUCUUCUUGGAGUGUGGGGGGCUGGUCCGGACUGACAAGAAGCCGGCGUUGUGCAAAGGCUAUCAGAAGCUGAUCUCCGAGCUCUGGCACAAGAAGCGGCCCAGCUAUGUGGUUCCUUCUAGUCUGUCUCAUGGGAUUAAACUGAUUAACCCUUUGUUUCGGGGAUAUGCCCAGCAGGACACUCAGGAGUUCCUACGCUGCCUGAUGGACCAGCUUCAUGAGGAGCUGAAAGAACCGGUGCAUACUGAGUGUAAGGAGCGAGAUGAGGAAGAGAGGGAAGAACAGAGGGAAGGGGAUCAUGGCACGACAGAAGAGGACUUCCUGUCUUGUGACUCUGGCGGGGAGACGGGAGAUGCUGAUGGGGGUGGAAUGGUUGGUUUGCAGGCAGAGAUGGAGCUGCUAAUCCGAGAGGAGGCUGGGAGGGGGCUGUCAGAGAAGGAGAGGCUGAAAGAGAGAAGGUUAUCGUAUUGUCACCGCAGGACCAGCUCUGAGCAGGCUGAUGAGGAUGCAGAUGUGGAUACAGCAAUGAUACCAGAACCUGAUAACGAGGCAUAUAUGCACUGCUCCUCUAGACCGUGCAGUCCGCACCCACCUGAUGCACAUCCAAAACUCUCCAGCAGCCCCCCUCGCUCAAGCCCGCUACGCACUGGACACUCCUAUGUUUUAAAGAAAGCGCAAGUUCUUAAAGGUGGAAAGCGCCGGUCUGAGGUCCGGUACCGCAGUGUGAUUUCUGAUAUCUUUGAUGGAUCCAUCUUAAGCCUGGUUCAGUGCUUAACCUGUGACAGGGUGUCCACCACCAUUGAGACCUUCCAGGAUCUGUCACUGCCAAUCCCAGGAAAAGAAGACCUGGCAAAGCUUCACUCCACCAUCCACCAGAACUCAGUGGCCAAGGUUGGCACGUGCAACGAUAACUACAAUUACCAGGGCUGGCUCUCCUUCCUGAUGGACUACAUUCGCAGGUUCGUGGUCUCGUGCAUCCCAAGCUGGUUCUGGGGCCCUGUAGUGACGUUAGAGGACUGUCUGGCUGCCUUUUUUGCUGCUGAUGAGUUAAAAGGUGAUAACAUGUACAGUUGUGAACGGUGUAAAAAGCUGCGCAAUGGUGUCAAAUACUGCAAAGUGCUGCGACUUCCAGAGGUACUGUGCAUUCACUUGAAGCGUUUCCGACAUGAAGUGAUGUAUUCCUUCAAAAUCAACAGUCAUGUCGCCUUCCCACUGGAGGGACUCAACUUGCGACCCUUCCUGGCUAAAGAAUGUGUGUCCCGUGUCACCACCUAUGACUUGCUGGCUGUGAUAUGUCACCAUGGCACUGCAGGCAGUGGUCACUAUAUAUCCUACUGCCAGAAUGUGAUUAACGGUCAGUGGUAUGAGUUUGAUGAUCAGUACGUCACAGAGGUGCAUGAGACCGUGGUACAGAAUGCAGAGGCGUACGUGCUUUUCUACAGGAAAAGCAGUGAGGACGCAGAGCGUGAGCGGCAGAAGGUCGUAUCGCUGGCAGCAAUGAAGGAAUCCGGCUUGCUGCAGUUUUACAUAUCUCGUGAGUGGCUGAAUAAAUUCAACACGUUUGCAGAGCCUGGACCAAUCAGCAACCAGAGCUUCCUGUGCUCACAUGGUGGAAUUCCCCCCAACAAAUAUCAUUAUAUUGAUGACUUGGUGGUGAUUUUGCCGCAGAAUGUAUGGGAAUAUUUGUACAACAGGUUUGGAGGAGGACCUGCUGUCAAUCAUUUAUAUGUUUGUUCAAUAUGUCAAGUAGAAAUUGAGGCUUUGGCAAAACGCAGAAAGACGGAAAUUGACACCUUCAUUAAGUUGAAUAAAGCAUUCCAGGCCGAGGAGUCCCCCAGUGUGAUAUACUGUAUUAGCAUGCAGUGGUUUCGGGAGUGGGAAGCCUUUGUCAGAGGAAAAGACAAUGAUCCCCCAGGACCAAUUGAUAAUAGCAAAGUUGCACUAACUAAAAGCAGCGGCCACGUGCAGCUAAAGCAAGGUGCCGACUAUGGACAGAUAUCUGAAGAAACAUGGAACUACCUCUUCAGCCUGUAUGGAGGUGGCCCACAGAUAGCCAUCCGGCAGACAGUGGCCCAGCCUCAGGAAGUGGAGAGUAUACACGGCGAGCAGAAGAUUGAAGCAGAGACACGUACUGGAUAAUAAAGAAAUAAGGUAAAGCCGGAUGGACCACGUUACAAGAGAAGCCAAUCAUAGCGACUUGUCCUAUUGCUGCACUUCUAGAUGCACCUUCACAAUAAGCAGUGUGCACAGACAAUGUUCUUCAUGUUACAAAUAGUAAAACUAUUUAAGGGAAAAUAAAGCUCAUUUAACUUCCCAGGUCUUAGUUUACUGAAGUGUGAAUGUAAACUGAGGGUUAGUGAUAUAGCAGUAGGCCUGUAGUGUUUCUGCGGAGAGAGAGAGCGUAUGGAUGUACAGCAGAUUAGGUUUAGCAUGAGAAGUAGGAAUCCCAUGUAUAUAAUAAACAGCCGGCUUCCUGUUGUUAGCUGUGUUUACAGCGAGGCUUGUGAUGAUAGCAGAGAUACUGCGCCGGCUUGUCUUCUGGUUACUGGCGUGUCAGUAACGCACUGUAAGGUCCACUAGACGGCGCAGUGUAUGAUCGUGCGCACAAGAUCUGAGGAUGCUGAUACAAACAAACUGAUAAACUUAUUGUAUAACAGAUGUGAAGUGCAAGGCACUGCAGGAUAAGCGAUAGAAGGUACAAGGCCUUAGAUUGUGUAUAUAUACUGUAUAUGUCAGACACCGUGAUACACUCCUUCCCACGCUGAGAGGAUGCAGUGGCGCUGAAGUAUUGUACUCUGCCUCACACUUCCUUGUCACUGAUGUGCUACACUGCAUUUAUAGCAUUCUGUACAGAACAGUAUUACAUGACCUGUGUACGGGGAGUGCUGGGAUUACUUUAAGUAAAUAUUAAAUAUAUUUAUUACACUCCAAA